AUCCUAUAAAUUUGGCCCUCGCUUGCUCCCUUUUCUCAUCAAUCUAUAACAAGCUCUGCCUACCUCUAAGCCUUAGAGAGAGAAAGUUGGAGAGAGAUGGCACAGGGAAGGGGCAGUGCAAUGAGCUUGGUGGCUUUGGUGUUUGUGAUGAUUUGCCUAUUGGAGGUUAGCACCGCUGCCACCACUUAUACAGUGGGUGACAGCCGUGGCUGGACCUUCAACAUGGUUAGCUGGCCUGCCGGCAAGCGCUUCAGGGCAGGAGAUGUUCUUGUUUUCCAGUAUGACAAUAGCGCUCACAACGUGGUUGCAGUGAACGCUGCAGGCUACAAAAGCUGCCUCGUUCCUCGUGGCUCUAGGACUUACCGUUCCGGCAGCGAUCGCAUCACUCUCAGAAGGGGUGCCAAUUUCUUCCUUUGCAGCAUUCCCGGCCACUGCCAAAGUGGAAUGAAGGUCCAAGUCAAUGCUGCAUAGAGAGAGAAAUUAUAGUUAAAGAGGUCGCAUCUCAUUUUCUGGUUAUGAUUUUAGAUGUGAGGUCCUGAGAUCCGGCUACUAAAUAAAUAAUAAAUGAGGUUAUAAACCAUGGAUCCACUGUGUGUU